ACUGCCGGAGCAGCGUCACAGUCCACUCAUCUCUCUCAGAGUAGAGCGCCAAAUUUGGGAAUUAUUUACAUUGACUUAUUUUGAUAAAAGAUGGCGUUGUAUUAUUACGUUCUGGUUGUGGCGGUUGUGGCUGCUUUUGUAAACGAUUGUUCUGCAAUAACCGACGAACAGAAGGAAGUGAUAAGACAGAAGCUCAGAGCAAAUGCGUUAGCAUGCGCCUCGGAGCUUGGCUUCACUAAUGACCAGCUGACGCAAUGGAAGCAGGAAAAACGGGAGCCCGAUGACUCCAACAAGUGCUUCGUCGCUUGCAUGUUCAAGAAGAGUGGUCUGAUUGAUGACCAGGGCCUGUACUCUGAGGCCGUCGCUCUUGAGAAGAUCAAUCCUUACCUCUCAGACGCGAAAAAGGAUGAGGUGAACGGCGCAAUCAAGGCUUGCAGUUCUGUGAAUGCUGAAUCCGUUGGCGACGGCAACGCUGGCUGUGAUCGUGCUGUACUGCUCUUCAAGUGCUUCAAGCAACAGAAGGAUCUGCUUGGCCUCUCCCUGUACUUCUCGGAAUAAAGCAUAAAGAUAAACUUGAAUGCGAACAAAAUUUCCUAUUUUUGUAAUGCUGUGACUUAGAUAACUAAAAUUAAAUAUGAAUAAAAUAUUUUGAAUUCAA